AUGUCUGGUGAUCCGGACCUCAACGUUGAAAGUUUAAUAUCCCGUCUGUUAGAGGUUCGAGGAUGCCGUCCCGGAAAAAUCGUACAAAUGACAGAAGCAGAAGUUCGUGGCCUUUGUUUAAAGUCACGUGAAAUCUUUCUUAGUCAACCAAUUUUACUUGAACUUGAAGCACCAUUGAAGAUAUGCGGUGAUAUUCAUGGUCAAUAUACUGAUCUUUUACGUUUAUUCGAAUAUGGUGGAUUUCCGCCAGAAAGCAAUUAUUUAUUUUUGGGUGAUUAUGUCGAUCGUGGAAAACAAUCAUUAGAAACAAUCUGUUUAUUAUUAGCGUACAAAAUAAAAUAUCCUGAGAAUUUCUUUCUAUUACGUGGAAAUCAUGAAUGUGCUUCUAUCAACAGAAUAUAUGGGUUCUACGAUGAAUGUUUAUCACCAGAUUUACAAACAAUGGAACAAAUCCGGCGAAUAAUGAGACCAACGGAUGUGCCGGAUACUGGCUUAUUAUGCGAUCUUUUAUGGUCGGAUCCGGAUAAAGAUACACAAGGAUGGGGUGAAAAUGAUCGCGGUGUCUCAUUUACCUUUGGUGCAGAUGUUGUUAGCAAGUUCUUGAAUCGACAUGAUAUGGAUCUCAUUUGCCGUGCACAUCAGGUGGUGGAAGAUGGUUAUGAGUUUUUUGCAAAACGUCAGUUAGUAACAUUAUUUUCUGCUCCAAAUUAUUGUGGUGAAUUUGACAACGCUGGUGGAAUGAUGAGCGUGGACGAAACACUCAUGUGUUCGUUUCAGAUUUUAAAACCAAGUGAAAAGAAAGCAAAAUAUCAAUAUGGCGGUUUAAAUUCUGGUCGACCAUUGACUCCGCCACGUGCUCCAGGUGCACCGACUGCACAACAACCAAAAGGAAAAAAAUAA